GACCAUGGUCCAGAAUAAUUUUUUCCCGAAUGACCCCCAUCUGCGAGGAUCUCUGCAUCUGCGAGGAGCGCUGUGCCGCUGGGUUUGGGUGGGUCGAGUGUGACAGAGAGGCCAAAAUGGAGGUGGAAACCGAGAGGGCGACGGCGGCAAUGCCGAUUUUCCUGUCGUUCCGGUGUUCAGGGGAAGGAGAAGGUGGUGGUGAUCACCACGGGUGAGCCUGCGCUGAAAUCUCGUGUGCGCGAUUCCACUACGCAUCCGCAAAAGGUUCAGAAGGAGAAGAAUGGACGCAAAAAUGGUUCUAAGAAGAUGAAGUUGGUGGAGGAAGAAGGGAAGCCGUCGAAGGAGCUGCCUGUGGAAACACUGAAUAUUGUGAAGAGGAAAAGGAAAUCAAGUAAUGUACAAAAUGCCGAGUCUCGUACUGCUUCGGAAUUACAUGGUGUGUUUUUCUUGGAAUAGUUUGAAUUGCUUACCACAUGUGUCACAGGAAUUACAUGGUGUUGUAUGGCCAACCCAUAUCAUGGAGAGGCCAGAUUCUGAAUUCAAGGAAAAGUUGAUGCGUCUUCUCCGCAAACCAUUUAGCCAGGGAGAAUGUGAUACGCUGCUUGACAAGGCUACGACUCGCCCUCCGGCAACAAUGAAAAGGCAAACACGCGGUGGCGUGAAGUACUACAACUCUGAACAUGAAAGGCAACCAUCAUAUUUUGAUGGUCACCCAGAUCUUGCGAAACAAGUACGUGUAGAAAGCACCAGCAAACCCAACCAGUUAGCUCUGUUGCGUGGAUUUUUCUUCUGGAUGGAGCAAAGUACUAACAGCUACGGUGCAUCAGUAAUAUUGCGCAUCACGACCAAUUCAGGCCAUGGAGAGAUGAUUUCAAACAGUACAAAGUUACUAUGGUAGAAAUAGAAUGAGAUCACAAACAGAAUUACAGAAGAGUUUGUGCUUUCCCGAUUGAGGUGGCAAAGCCCCAGUUUCUCCUUGUUUUACUAGUUUGGUCUCCAGUGUGCAUCUUACACUGGUUGCUAUUGUUAUUUUGUCUCCAAAAACGUAGAGCUGAUGCUACCAGAAACUAGUAGCAUAUCACUCCCCAAAAUCAAUUAUCUUCAGACAGGGGUAUACCAUAGUUUGCUCAGCCUUUUCUUUCAGACAGAAGGUUUAUGGACGACAAUGUAUUGUUUUUAUAUGUGCAACUGCGGUCAUAACGUUGGA